AUGGCGCAGGCUAACAAGCAAGGAAAGAUGGUCAACCUGAUCAACUACCGCAUGCGCGCUACCCUCAAUGACGGACGCCAAAUGGCUGGUCAGAUGCUUGCCUUCGACAAGCACAUGAACCUAGUUCUUGCCGACACCGAGGAGUUCCGCCGCGUGAAGCGCAAGAGCACGAAGAGCCAGGCUCCCGGCGCCGCUUCUGCUCCACUCGUUGAGGCUGAAGAAAAACGCACCCUUGGCCUCACCAUCGUCCGCGGCUGCCACAUCGUCUCGCUGUCCGUCGAAGGCCCGCCCCCCGCAGACCCCUCGACCAGGUUAGGAACAAGCGCUCCAGGUGGUGCGGGUGCUCCCACGCUGCCUGCUGGUCCGGGCAUUAGUAGGCCUGCUGGCAGAGGUCUUCCCGUUGGUCUUACUGGUCCUGCUGCCGGUGUCGGCGGUCCCGGUCCCGCUGGUUUCGGAGGUUUCCCUCCUCAGGGUGGCUUCCCUCCGACGGGUGCUCCCCCUGGUUUCCCCGGUCGUGGUGGUCCUCCUGGCCCUGGUGCUCCCGGCUUCCCUCCGGCAGGCUUCCCUCCUGGUGGCGCUCCUCCGGGCUUCCAGCCGCCGCCUGGCUUCAACCCGCCCGGACAAGGUCGUGGUUUCCCUCCUGGAUAUGGAGGCAGAUAA